AUGGCGCCAGGCGCGGUAGUAGAUGAUCGUCACCAUGGCUCCUCUAGCUCCUCGUCUCCUUCAAAACCGCGAAUCCUAGUCCCCGAAAAGGUCUCUCCCGAUGGCCUCGCCAUGCUCGCCUCGGAUUUCGAGGUCGACUCUCGACCGGGCGGCCUCUCGCCCCAAGAGCUCAUUGAGCUGAUCCCGUCGUACCACGGCCUCAUUGUCCGGUCCGAAACCAAGGUCACGUCCGAAGUGCUCACGGCGGGCAGGAACCUGCGCGUGGUGGCCCGCGCCGGCGUCGGGGUCGACAAUAUCGACGUGGACGCGGCCACGGCGCAGGGCAUCAUUGUGGUCAACUCGCCGUCGGGCAACAUUGUCGCGGCGGCCGAGCACACGGUGGCCCUGCUGCUGGCCACGGCGCGCAACAUUGGGCGCGCGGACCGCACCUUCAAGGCCGGGCGGUGGGAGCGCGGCAAGCUCGUGGGCGUCGAGGUCGGCCGCAAGACGCUCGGCAUCAUUGGCCUCGGCAAGGUCGGCAUGAAAGUCGCCCGCAUGGCCGUGGGCUUGGGCAUGAAGGUCUUGGCCGCCGACCCCUAUGCGAGUGCCGAUGUGGCCCGCGGCGCCGGCGUCGAGCUCGUGAGCGGCGGCCUGCCCGAUCUGCUGCCAGUCGUGGAUUUCCUCACCAUACAUACCCCUUUGCUUGCCUCCACGCUGGACCUGCUCGGCGAGGACGAGUUUCGCAAGAUGAAGAAGACGGCUCGUGUGCUCAACGUCGCGCGCGGCGGUGUGUACAAUGAGGCUGCUCUGCUUAAGGCACUGGACGAGGGAUGGAUCGCUGGUGCCGGCCUCGACGUCUUUACCAAGGAGCCACCAGAGGAGGGCAGCGUAGCAGCUCAGCUGGCCCGCCACGAAAAGGUGGUCAGCACGCCGCAUCUGGGUGCCAGCACGGUCGAGGCUCAGGAAAACGUUAGUUUAGACGUAUGCGGACAGGUUCUACUGAUAUUACAAGGUGGGCUACCAACAGCGGCCGUCAAUGCCCCUCUGAUCCUGCCCGAAGAGUAUCGCAAGCUGCAGCCGUUUGUUCGACUUGUCGAGAAGAUGGGCGGCCUGUAUACGCAACAUUAUGUAACCCGUGCCGGCAGCCGCGCACGGGUCGGCGGGCGCCGUUUCGAGCUUGUCUAUCAGGGCGAACUGGCCGGCGUGUCCAACACGAGGCCGGUAUUUGCGGCGCUGGUCAAGGGCCUCGUCGGGCCCUUUUCCGAGAGCGGCGGCCGCGACGUCAACAUUGUCAACGCGACGCUGAUUGCCAAGGAAAAGGGCAUCGUGAUCGACGAGGUGCACACGCGCGGAGCGGCGGCUGAUGGCGCGGCACCGUACUCGAGCCUGGUGACCCUACGGUCAUACGAUGGCACGACCACCGGGGAGGGCAGAGGUGAGCAGAUCAUUGAGGGCUAUGUGAGCGGCCGUAGUAUCUUCAUCUCCAAGCUGGAUCGCUUCACUUCCUCCUUCACACCCGAGGGCACCCUGCUCAUUCUCCACAACUAUGAUGAGCCAGGCAAGAUUGGAGGCGUCGGCAUGGCGCUGGGAAGCAAGGGCGUCAACAUUGAGUGGAUGCAGGUGGCUAGCCUCGUGGAUAAGAAGGACGGGCGCUCGUCGGGUGCUGGAGGAGAGGAGGAUCUUGGCCUCGCAAAGGUCGACAGCGCUGUCGCUGGCGUGGCUGCGGGCGGCAACGGUAAGCGAGGCAAUGAGGCGCUCAUGAUCCUGGGCGUCGGCGGGCCGGUUGGCAAUGACGUACUAGAGAGUCUGAAACAAGAAGAAGGUAUCCUAGAUGUCAGCCUGAUUAGAUUGUAG